AGGACCGUUCAGGUUGGUCCUUUCGAACCCGCAAAGUUAUCCCUUUAAGCACCGCAAAAAGGGGCAAAUCUGAUCCUCCUGUUGUGCCUUUUCGAUUGAAGGGUGAGCCUGUUGCCGGGCGAGGCGGGCGAGCACUCCUAUUUCUGGUAUGACGCGGGACACGCUCUGGAGACGCGCAUUGCGCUUGGGAGAAUUAACGGGCAAAAAAGUUUCCGCCACGGGUACGAUAUCUGCUGUAAUAAUCGCUCUAAACGAAGCGGAGGUAUAUAUAAGGCCCUGUUCAACAGGUAUGGAAUCAUAGAAACAGAAACCCGUUGGAACGGGAGCUGAAGAUGGCCAUGCUGACGGAAAAAAGGAUGCUGCCACGUUAAAUCAUUUAUCAAAUUUGAUAUUCCACUUCGGCGGCCGUACGUCCCCAAGGUGGCGCAAGUAUCAUAUCGGGGAAAGCUGUUGAAACUUGAGUUAUUAUGUCCCGUUUCUUUAAUAACCUUGAUUAAAGCUAGAGCAGUCACUCGUGCUGCACAUGAAUGAGCUUUCGCUUUGAAGUUGGUACAGAAACCCAACACCCGUGAUGUAUGUAUAAGGGCAUUAUUAUUACAAUGGAGGGUAACGAGAUAUCACAAUAUUUGUGCACCUGUUGGGCGAUAAAA